AUGCGCCCUCACCUCUACAACACUACCGGCAGCCCCAGCAAACCUUACAACAACAAGCGUCGACUCCCGAGUCAACAUCAUUCCUUCCCCGAACGGCGGAAUGGGGACGCCAAUCUCCACCACCUGGUUCGCCGACACAUCAAACAAGAACGCUUGGCCCCAUGUGAACAACAGAUCGCUCAACUCACCGACCGCAUGAUGAGCCUAGAAAACAUGAUGUCCAACAUCUUAAGCGUAGUUGACCCCCUAGUUUCCCGGAUAAAUGAACUUACGAAUGUGAACAAAGCGCCCCUCCCUCGCAACCACCCCCUCACACCCCCGCACCAACCACAAGGAUACCGAGUAGUACAUGCCGACCCUAACGGGUCCCCCCUAGUGUCCACGUACAUUCGGCGAGAUCUCCAGUACGAACCGCUGGACGUCCCCUCGUCUCUAGCACAUAAUCUAGUGGCAUGCGCUUAUUACCCCUCCCCCCAACACAAACCGAUCUGCUUUCUCAACUUUUAUAACCCCCCUAAAGAGCAUCGUCUAUUCAAGGCCCUCUUCGACUUUACUGCGGAGUUAACAUCCACAUACGAGGUUCUCCUGGGUGGAGAUUUCAACGCACCGAAUGUCAUCUGGGGCUAUCGGUCUACUCUCCGCCCAGGAAGAAUUUUACAUUCUUACAUUUCACAACACCAUUUCACUCUUUUGAACAACCCCAACGUCCCGACAAGAGAGGGUACUGGUUCUCACGUAUCCACACAAGACCUCUUUCUCCUUCUUCAACACACUUUUCUUUCCCCACCAUCUGCUCAAGUCCACGCCCUUGUCACUGUAGACGUUCGUAAAGCAUUCGAUUGCAUCGGCCACGAUCACAUACUCGCCUCAGUCCGAGAAACAGGCUGCGCACAGAGGCUUUACACUUACAUCCGGAACUUCCUUAAAGACCGCACAGCCAGUUUUCGUAUUGAGGCUGAGACGUCCCCACCGAUCACGCUCACACGCGGCACCCCACAAGGGGCGGUGCUGUCUCCUACUCUAUUCAAUCUCGGCAUGGCCCAGCUGGCCUAUCGCCUCCAACAAGUCCCCCAACUCUCACACAUCUUCUACGCGGACGACCUCACCCUCUGGUGCACUCACGGGUCACCAGGGGAAGUGGAAUCGACUCUGCAGCAGGGACUGGACAUUAUAGCUGAAUAUCUUGAACAAGCAGGCCUUGAACCUGCCCCAGAAAAGUCGGAACUGCUUCUUCUAUCACAUACUCAAUAUCAGCGAUCUGUUAACCAGCACAUAUCCUUACACAUCGGUCAGCACCCCAUCCCGAAAGUCUCUACAUGUAAAAUUCUGGGCAUGCAUUUACGGGAAAGAUCACAUCAAGCCAACGUCGUUUCAGUCAUAAACACAUGCCACUCGGUUACCUCCCUGGUACGCAGAGUGGUCAAAAAGCACGCGGGUCUCCACGAGAAGCAGGCCAGUCACCUAGUUCAUGCGUUAGCCCUUAGUAAAAUUCUCUAUUCUAUACCAUAUGUCACACUCACACAACAACAAAUCAACAAACUCUCAGCAGCAUUAAACACAUUAUACAAGGCCUCUUUAAACCUUCCCAUCUCCACCUCCAACCAAAAACUAUACGAAACAGGCCUCUUUCUCCGCCUCACCUCUCUUUUGCACCUGCAUCGAGAUCGGCAGAUAGCCCGCCUCUCAGGAACACCGCAGGGUAGAUGGAUCCUGGAGCAGGCAGGACUUUCCCCCAUAGACCUUCCCUUACAUAUACCUACCCCAGCCCUACCGUUAAAUCUGCGCUUCGCCCCUGUGCCUCGCCGCAUGUCCCCGGGCCUCAACGACGGUCGCAGGAGGGCGCAAGCUAUCCAUCACAAUCCCCCCUUUCAGACACACACCGUAGCAUAUUCUGAUGCAUCCAUCUCCAACACAGGAGAUACGGGAGCUGGGGCAUAUGCAAUCUAUACACCACAAUCCCCAACCGCCACAGUUCACACCUGCGGUCCAUAUAGCAACCCUCCAAAUAUCAUCACACUAGAAAUAGUUCCCAUUAUACAUGCUAUCCAAACCUUCUCCCAACUACCUCUUACAUCAGCUUAUACAAUCUAUACGGACUCCCAGGAAGCCAUACGCGCUCUGCAGCAACGCAAAAUCCCACCAGAUCUCAGAUCGGUCCUCGAUGAAGCUCUGCGUGCACUAAACCCAUCCUCUGUCACCGUUCGGUGGGUCCCUGGUCACAGCGGGAUCACAGGUAAUGAGUUGGUUCAUCAACUCGCUCGCGAAAUGCAAAUCCGAGCGCCUGUGAUCCCGUGGCCUAGCCCCCCGACCAGUGACGAUGCCUUAAUCUACAAACGCUCAAUCAAUUUCUAUUACAAGCAGCUCCGUAACUCUCAACAACGACUACCUCGACCCCACCCGAACCUCAAUGUGGCACAAACUCACGUCCUCCGAAAAAUCCAAACGAACACCGUUCUUACUCCCGCUAGGCUUUUUCUUCUUCGGCGUCGUUCUGAUCCUUCAUGCCCUAACUGCCCCUCCCCAUACGCCAACCUGGAACAUUGCCUCCUACAGUGCCCUAUUGCACUAUCCACACCGUUCCUCCCUAACCCCCCUCCCCUUUCCUGGAGUGCCUGGCUGGCGUCAGACGAACCGGAUGACCAAAUGGCCUUGGUGUUACAAGCCAUGGAUGUUUUGAACACUUACUUUGUGCUCAAUAUUAAAGUGCAUUCUCUCUCUCUCUCUCCACGAAGCUCGUCAGCUGAAAGAUCUAAGAUCUAA